AUGACUUUACUUGGAAGAGGAUGGGUAUUAUGUGCAUUUGAAGACCGAAAAGCUCUUGAAUUUGUUCUAUCUAGUGGACCAUGGUAUGUGAAUGAAUAUAUCAUUGGUUUUGACAAAUGGUCUCCUUCAUUCCAGCCUAAUUCUUUAAAAGGUUUAACAACUCCUGUCUGGAUCAGGAUGCCUAACCUCCCUUUACAGUGUUGGGAUGAAAUUAACGUCUAUAUAAUAGCUUCAAAGGUUGGAACUCCAUAUUUAAUUGAUGAAAACAUUUCUCAAUGGGGAAGAAGGGAGUUUGUAAGAAUUUAUGUAAGAAUCAAGCUUGAAGAUAGAUUGACUUUGGGUGUUUGGGUGGAGGGAAUUUCUGGUAAGUUCUACCAAAAGAUUGAGUACGAGGGAAUUUUUUAUUUUUGUUUCAAAUGCGAGAGAAUUGGACACUUGAAGAACAACUGUUUAGUUGCUAGUGCAGAAAUCUGUCAGGAAGAAGGUGUCAAUGAGGUUGAUAAAGAAGGAUAUAGACCUUGGAUCCAUGUGAACUAUGGGAGGAGAAGAUUCAAUAAUACUUGGACUAGACCCGGGCAUAAGGAAGUAAACAAUACUGUGUCCGUGAAGGAAAAUGGAGUUGCUGGAAAUUCUCAUGGAGAGAAGGUAAAUGGGAAUGAUGUAAGAGUACAAAAUGAAGAAGUUAUUGUAGUAACAACCACUCGGGAAGAAGAACUGCAACAGGAGCUGGAGGAGGAAGGGGAAUAUCUGAACUCAAUGAUUAUGGUGUUUCCAAAGGUAUUGGAACAAAAAGCUAUAAAAGUAGAUAAUAUCUUGGAGUUUGAAAAUGAUAUGAAGGAAAAUCACCUAUUACAGGAGGAAAUUGAUCAUUUUCUAGCAGAUUUAGAAUUGCAGAAAGCUGCUGGAAAUUUGAACAUUGGAAAUUUGAUCGCUGGAAAGCAACUGAAAUAUUCCACUGGUGAUAAGUUAUUGUCUUAUAAUGCAGUAUAA